UCUGUUAGAAAUUUGCUCAAUAUGGCGACGAAGUUCAAUGGCCGUUUGUUUCUUUAGUCGCAAAGUAACAUUUAUUUAGGCCUUUAUUUUCCGAAAAGCUUAUUGAAUAAUCCGCGAAUUUCCACGGUUGUAAUUUGAUAACCGUCGUAGUCUAUUAACUGGUGGCGUGAAAACAGUAACUAUCUCUAAAAUGAGUUAUACGACGAGGGUGGUUCAGGUGACCAAUGUGUCGCCGAGUACGACGUCGGAACAGAUGAGAACAUUGUUCGGUUUUCUGGGUAUCAUCGAGGAGCUGAAAUUAUUUCCACCAGAUGAUUCUCCCAUGCCAGUGACCUCUCGGGUGUGCUUUGUGAAGUUCCGUGAGCCAGAGUCUGUGGGAGUGUCUCAGCAUCUGACUAACACUGUGUUUGUGGACAGAGCCCUGAUCGUGGUCCCAUUUGCUGAAGGAUCUAUUCCAGAUGAGGCUAAGGCAUUGUCACUUUUGGCCCCGGCUAAUGCUGUUGCAGGGAUUUUGCCCGGCGGAGGGCUUCUCCCAACACCAAACCCCAUCCCUAAUCCAGCUCUUGGAGGAAAUCCCUUCGGUGGGCCAACCAUUGAUCCAAUGGCAGCGUUUGGAUUUGCAGGACCCAACAUGAACCCUCAGGCUGCUGAUCAGCUGUUGAAGAUGAUGACAGACCCAAAACUGAAUCCUUUGGCUGCUGGCUUAAAUCUGAGUGCGAGCCUGAAGGCUGAUGCCUCUAACAAAGAGAUUGAGGAGGCCAUGAAGAGGGUCAGAGAGGCUCAGUCUCUCAUUUCUGCUGCCAUCGAACCUGGACGUAAGUCUGCAGAUAAAGAAGGCAAAAAGAAGCAUUCCCGGUCUCGAUCCAGGUCCAGGAGAAGGAGGUCCAGAUCUCGCUCCAGACACAGUCGCAGGCGAAGCAGGAGCCGAUCGAGACGCAGAUCAAACUCAAGAAACCGCAGGCGCUCCAAAAGCCCACGCAGGAGACACACCCACUCCAGAGAGAGAGGCAGGCGAUCCCGAAGCAGAUCCAGAGAAAGGAAGAAGGAAGACGUGGGGAGAAGAAGAUCUAAAACACCACCUAAGAGCUACAGCACGGCUAGAAGGUCGCGCAGUGCGAGCCGUCGACACAGGAGAAGUCGCAGCGCCAGCCGAUCUCCUAAGAAGUCCCCGAAAAGGAGAACCUCUCCGUCUCCGUCUCCUCGGAGACACAAGAAGGAGAAGAAGAGGGAUAAAGAAAGAGAGCGGGACCGCAGGAGCGACAAAGAGCGCAAUCGUGACGAGCGGGACAGCUCCACCACCAAGAAAAAGAAGAGUAAAGACAAAGAGAGGGAGCGUGAAAGAAAAUCGGAUGGAGGAGACAAAGGAGAUAUUAAGAUCACCAGAGAUUAUGAUGAAGAAGAACAAGGGUACGACAGUGAGAAGGAAAGAGAAGACAGGAAGGAUUCAGACGACUCUGCCUUGUCUCCUCAGUCAGCCGAAGGAAACGGCGUAGCGCAGCUCGCGAAGCACGCCAAAGUGAAUGGUGCAGACGAUCACCACGAGGAGGACAUGGAUGUUAGCGACUGAGCGUUUCACACUGCUUUUUCUCCUGUUUAUAAAAAUGUUAUCAUUUCUUUUUUCUCCCAUCUAAAAUGUGAAGUGUUUGGUUAAAAAAGAUCACCGAGACUAGUAUGCUCUUUCGUAAAUGUAUCCUGCAGCCAUCGUUUCUCUAGUUUGUCAUAUUUGCUCCUCCUCCAGAUGUGAUCAGUAAAAAAAAAUCAGAAGUAGGUUUGCAAAGCUUGUUUUCAGAUUUUUGUUGCUUCACACUGUUUUUUUUUUUUUUUUGUAGUGUUGUGGUGUAACGGUCUUUCUCCUCCACAGAACAGUUGUUUUGCCUCUGAUCUGGAGGUGUUUUAUCAAGAAUUUCUUUUAUAUAAUAAAGCCUGUUUAAGGA